AUGCAGCGUGAGAGGUCUCGUUCGCCCCGUCGUCGUUCUUCUCGCAGUCCCCGACCUCGCCGUCGCUCGUACACUCCUCGCAGCCGCUCACGCAGCCGUGACGAUUAUCGCCGCAGUGAUCGCCGUUCGCGAUCUCCUUUGAGUGCAGCUGGUGCAGCUGGAUCGGGUUCCCCCUACGGUGGACGCAGUGGUUACGCGCCGGGCCGAACAUUCGACGACCGCUCUGUCGACCGCUCAGUCAACAAAGAAAAUAUGAUGCAAUCCGUGCGCGACUCGUCCCAGCAAGAUCGCCGGGUCUAUGUGGGCAAUUUGUCAUACGAAGUCAAGUGGCAUCACCUCAAAGAUUUUAUGAGACAGGCUGGAGAGGUUCUCUUUGCCGAUGUGUUACUUCUUCCGAAUGGAAUGUCGAAGGGAUGCGGGAUUGUGGAAUACGCAACGAGAGAACAAGCACAAAAUGCAGUCAACUCGCUCAGCAAUCAAAACUUGAUGGGUCGUCUUGUUUAUGUCCGCGAGGAUCGUGAAGCCGAGCCCCGUUUCGUUGGUGCCCCCCCGCGCGGCGAUUUCGGUGGUGGUGGCCGCGGUGGCUUCGGUGGUGGAUUUGGCGGCCAUGGUGGGCCUCCUGGUGGAGGUGUUCCUGGUCGUCAGCUUUAUGUGUCGAACGUUUGUUAUCCUCCUCAGCAGGGUACUGUUAUUCGUGCUGAUGUCCACACCGACCCCACCGGUCGCCCCAAGGGUUCAGGUAUUGUUGCUUUCGAGUCCCCUGAUGAUGCGCGCAAUGCCAUUGCCCAAUUCAACGGAUACGAGUGGCAGGGCCGCCCCUUGGAAGUGCGUGAGGAUCGAUUCGCUGGCCCCGGCCCCGGAUUCGGCGGUCGUGGUGGCUUCGGCGGUGGCCGUGGCGGAUUUGGUGGCCCUGGAGGUCCCGGCUUCGGCCGUGGAGGCUUCGGCGGCCGUGGUGGCUACGGUGGAGGCUUCGGUGGCCGUGGUGGUUUUGGCGGCCCCCCUGGUGGUGCCCCUGGCUUCGGUGGUGGUUUUGAACACCACCAGCAGCCCGUUGCUUCGGUCCCUCCCAAUCCAUUCACUGAUUUCGCUACCUCCGGAGGCGAGAAGAGUGCAAUUAUCUACGUGCGCAACCUUCCGUGGUCUACUUGCAACGAUGACCUGAUCGACCUAUUCUCGACUAUCGGCAAAGUUGAGCGUGCUGAGAUUCAGUACGAGCCUAACGGUCGCUCUCGUGGCACUGGUGUCGUUGAGUUUGAUACUCCCGACACUGCCGACACUGCCAUCUCCAAGUUCACUGGUUACCAGUACGGUGGUCGUCCCCUGGGCAUCACGUUCGUUAAAUACCUGAACGCUGGACCUGGCCCGGAGAUGAUGGUGGAGGAUGCGGAGCCCACAUCGGGCAUCACGCAGGAUCAGAUCAUGUAA